GGUAGGGUAGCGAGGACUGUUUAAACACCCUCACUAUAAACACCAUCGGAAGGUCAAAUUCUAUAUACUUUACUGCAAGAAUGGCAAAGGAUUUAGAACUACACAAAAGAACAGCUUUUAAUAAUACGAUUUAGAACAUGCAUCGAAACUCUGAUCUAUGGAUUAAACGAUUAUAAUAAUUGUUCUCCUUGUAUGCUACUGGCUAGGGAGAAAAUGGCUGCCAGGUAAACCUAGAAACCUGUUAUCUGUGGAUAUGAGUUUUCCAAACAAAUUAAUAUAAAGAUGGAUUUUACACUGCAUCCAUGACAGAGGCCUGGGACAAGAUCAUGGACGAUUCGUCAGACUCCAGUGACGAUGAACCCGCCGCGGAAUUGAUCAAAAAUGACGCUAAAGGAGACAAGAAAAAGGACGAAAAGAAAAAAGAGGAUAUGAAAAAAUCAGAGAAAGGUUCUGCACGUUCAAGAUUGAAAGAUAACAGGUUUUCAUCGUUUGGUGAAUAUCGAAUUCUAGGGAAAAAGGGUGAAGGCACAUUCUCUGAGGUUUUAAAAUGUCAAAAUAUAAAAGAUGGCACAUACUGGGCGUGCAAGAAGAUGAAACAAACUUAUGACAGUAUAACACAGGUGUCUCACCUCAGGCAGAUCAGGGCCAUAAGACAAAUUAAUGUACCUGACACAGUGACAAUGCUGGUGGAAUUGGUAUUUGAUAGGAAGUCGGGGACGUUGGUGCUGAUAUGUGAACUGAUGGACAUGAACAUUUACGAACUAAUACGGGGAAAAAGACAUUACUUGCCAGAACGGAAAGUAAAACACUAUAUGUAUCAACUUUUAAAAUCUGUUGAACAUAUGCAUAGAAAUGGUAUAUUUCACCGAGACGUAAAACCUGAGAAUAUUCUAAUCAAGGAGGACAUACUGAAGCUAGCUGAUUUCGGAUCAUGUAGAAGUGUGUACUCCAAACAACCCUACACAGAAUACAUCUCCACGCGGUGGUACCGAGCGCCAGAGUGUCUGCUAACUGACGGGUACUAUACAUAUAAAAUGGACAUCUGGAGUGUCGGAUGUGUGUUCUUUGAAAUUCUAAGUCUUCACCCCCUGUUCCCGGGAUCAAACGAAGUGGACCAGAUAGCAAAGAUACAUGACAUUUUAGGAACCCCUGAUCCCAGUGUUCUCAACAAACUCAAAAAGUCGCGUGGCAUGAACUUCAACUUCCCCCACAAGAAGGGUACAGGUGUGGAGCGCCUUAUACCUCACGUGUCGUCUGAAGCUGUUGACCUCAUCUACCAAAUGUGUACCUACGACCCUGAUGAGAGGUUGUCUGCCAAACAGGCAAUACGACAUACCUACUUCAAGGAUCUAAGGGAGGCAGAUAAGCGUCAGGCAUUGAUAGCCAAGGCCAAACAGCAGGAGGAAAAGGAGUCACGGGAAAGGAAACCAGAUGUCAUCAAGGCACCGCCAUCUGAAACAUCGGGCAUAGAGGUGGAUACUUUGCGCACAGAGAAGAAAAAGAUGGAAUCACAACAGGAAAUGCGCACAAUGCCCAGUCUACCUAAAGCUCAAUCCCUACCUACUCACCCACACUUCUUUAAAGACCGAAGAAAGAAGCGCCACAAACGACUACUAGAGACUCACCAUUUCUCCAAUCAUACUGGCCUUAAUUUGCCAAAAGUUCCAAUGCAUGCCAACUCUCUAAACCCUUCAUUCCACACCAGCUCAUUUAGUUCCUACAACCAUCCCCAGGGCACGACCAGUCUGUCUCUCCUUCCCAGUAUCAACGCCACCUACAAACCCCACAAGCCAGCGAACAAAGCAACGAAGAACAUUGUUGGUAGCUAUCAACUACCGUCCCUGGAUAGACGAGGUGGAGCAGGAUUUUAGGUACAAGACACAAGUGUGACAUCGUCAGCCGAGUGUGACAUUGUCAGCUGACUGUGACAACAUCAGCUAAACAUGACAUUCUCAGUUGACCGUGGUUUCAUUAGCUGACCGUGACAUCCUCAGCUGACAGUGGUUUACUCAGCUGACCUUGAUAUCUUCAGCUGACCGUGAUAUCCUGAGCUGACCAUAUCUUUACCUCCCAAUAUUUACACAUCUAUACAUCCCAAUGCUUGAUUUCAGUGGACUUAAUGAAUUUUGUUCAAAAUUCAAAAGUGGAGGACAACCACAAAAAGGAGGGAUGUAAGAAGGAUUAAGGAAUCUGCUGCUACUGUUCAUUAAUGUUAACAAAUUGUUUGAUGGAACAAAGUGUAUUGACAAAGUGAGGGUGAUAUGUUAUUCUGUUUGUCAAUGUCAUGUUAUCAAAUGCAUAAUUUGCAUAUGUCAAUGGAUAUGUAAGUAUUUUUGUGAUAUACCUAUCUAUACAUGCCAUGCCUAGGGUGAUACAUGCUUUUUGAAGAUUACAAAUUGUAUUUAUUUUGUUGUUAUGUAUAGUUCUAUGGCGAUAAUAUCAUUGUUCUCACUGGGUAGUAGUUUCUCUAUUAUUUGUUAGGGAUUAUAUGCUAUUUCCUGAGGUAUAUAUGAAUUUUGUUUUAUCCCCCCAUGCGUAACAUACACUAAUCUGAGAACCAACCUGUUUGUAUAUGUCAAUUUUUAUGCAAUACACAUCUGUACAGUGCUUCAGGCUAUUAUAGGUGUUAGGUAUACCACAGCUUUUAAAAUUGAAAACAAUUCUAAUCAUUUGAGCACUUUAUUUCAAAUUUAUCAUUUACAAAAGCCACACCUUCUUCAUCAGACCAAAUGACAACCCUGUGCAUUAACUAUUUGCUGGGUGGUAAACGUUAAAUUUUCUUUCGCACAACAUUUUGUGUCAGUGUUUCUUUCGUAAGUUCCAAAUCUGAACAGCAAGAAAUGGCAAUAACUGUCGUUGAACAAACUUCCUCUUUGCCACGGAAGGUUUUAAUCCUGAUAUAUGCCACUUCUUCGCUCCUGUCUUUCCUGUGAAAACCCUUGUGAAGAGUAAGAAGGUCUAAACAGUAUACUCAUGGUAUUAACUAGUCUCUGUAAAAUAGGUUUGUUUAUCGUGAUGGAAGGAGUGGGAGUGUAGUUUUCUGUGAGACAAUUUGGCUUUGUGAUUUAUAUGGAAGUAAAAAGUCUAACCUUAGGUACAAUAUAAACUUCGAAGGUUUCACUUGAUGGUAUUGGGACUACUAAAAACAAAUGUCUGAGGUUAGUGGGGCAGGAGGCGAGUCGGGUUUACAGGAUAUAUUCUGUAUUUGUUGGUGUCUUCCACUAUUAUGUGUGUUCCCACAAGAAGAGAUCAACAAUGCAAUGAAUUAUACCUGGCUACUGAAAGUCUUGAAUAUGGGACUUUUUUGUGUGCAGUUGUGUAGCUUUACCAAAAUGGUAUUGUAUAUGCAAUGUAUUAAGUGUAUUGUAUAAAUAUUAUUUAAACUUAAAUAAAUAUAUACUGUUAUGAUAAAUUUUGAUAUUUAAUAAAAUCUUUUAUGGAGUAGUUGAAUCAGGGUAAAACACUGCUCUGUUAGGCUUUGUAUUGAUGCUGUUAAGGACUCAUAAAAUGGGGGUUUUCUUUAAAUAAUACUUUUAAAAACACUUAAAUUU